AUGCGCACUUCUCAGCUUCUCGGACUCGUCGCGGCCCUGGCCACUUCGGCCGCGGCCAAUCCAGUCCCUCAAACGACGACCGCCGAGGCCGCGCGCCCUUCAUCGUGCACCUCGACCAUGAUCGUCUUUCCAACCAUGACCUCGGGCCCUGUCCGAACCACAUGGACCGCCACCACCACCGUCACGCAGUACCUCGACUGCGGCGGCUGCUGCAAACUGAAGAGGGAACGAUUCCCCAUGGGCCCGGGCCCUGCCAUCUUCUUCACCACCACCGAGACCAUGGCCACGCCAACCACCACCACCGUCUUUGCGUGCGCCACCUCAGCUUGA